AUGAUGGUGACUAGAAAUAAAAGUGACAGUCUGAUGGACCAAAUCUUCUCGGCUGUCACUCUUCCAACUGUCGGACAAACGAUUGUAGAGGAGCACCAUGAAGAGUCGCAUACCGUAAACCAUCAUGAAUCCCAUCACGUGGAAUCCCACACCGAGCACUUCGAGUAUACUUCUUCUGGGGUUACCGUUGGAAACGUUGUUGGACAUCAACAAGACCGCCGUCCGACUGUAGAUUUCGAGGAUCAACGCUCGGAGGUGUCCGCUCUCUCAAAAGCAACAUCCGUAUCUGUUCAUUCGAGUGUUUCCCAGAAGUCUGCUCAACAUUAUGACCUUCCACCAAUCCCACAAUACGAUAUGCCACCAAUUACUGUUGGUGAGGCAGUGGUAGGAAAAGCUCCCUCCCAAGCUUCUUCCAAAUCCGGAUCCCGUCAUUCUGUUGCUUCCCACCACUCUCACCACUCUCAACAUUCUCACCAUUCCGCAGUGACUCAUGACAGCGAAUCGACCAUUACUGAGGGAACAUUGGUUAAUCAACCAAUUGUUGUUGGUGGAGCUGUUGGAGGUGGUGUCGUGGUUGGAGGUGUUGUCGGAUCCGCUGCCGCUACUCCGUUGGCUGUUGGACAGUCUCUUGAGCAUGACGCUGUUAUUGAACAAUUCAAGAACUUGCACGGAAGAGAUGAAUCUGUGGUAUCUAGCAUUGUUCCAGCAUCGGUUCACCUUCAAAGUGACAGUGAGGACUCCAUUGCUCCUUCCAAGUUGACUCAUUCUAUUGCUGUGGGAGGAGUUGUUGGCUCUCAAAACGGCAUCGACGUCUUGCACAGAUCUCACGAGCUCGACUACACCGAUUUCGCUGCUCCAGCUUAUUACCAAGCUCCGUCUGUCCAGGCACCUUUUGACACCAGAAGCGAGGAUUCAUUCGGUUUCGAGAAGGUCGAGUAUGUUGAGAAUGUCGUCCAUCCUUACCAACCAGAAGUUGUAAUGGAACAUAUUACUGAAUACAAGCCAACCUACGAGCCAUACGAGAUCGUUCAUGAGAAUCACAAAGUGCCAUCGGUCGACUUUAACGAGGAGCACCGUCACUCCGUCUCUUCUGAGCACCACCACCAUGACCAUGACCACCACCACCAUCACCAUGAUUCCCAUGUUACCCAUUCCUCCGAUAAGAAUGUUCAUGAUCAUCAUCACUACAUUCCUGCCGUUCAACAACACAUUCAUCAUUCUCAACUUGAUCAUCGUAAACAUGGAUAUUUGCCAGUCAACAGAAAGCAGGAGCAGAAGGCUACUGUAGUUCAUGAGCAUCAAUACCUGCCAGCGGUCCGAAGAACUGAGCAAGCAAAUGGAUACGAUCGAACUCAUCACUACAUUCCAGCUGUUCAAAAUGCGAAGCAGGCUACGCAGCAAGUCCACGAAGAUCACCACUACGUGCCGCAAGCCAGCCCACGGAAACAUGUAUCGGAGGUGAAUCGGUCUCACAAUUAUAUUCCAGCCCUUCCACCUAAAGAGCACCAGCAUGAGCAGACCUCUUCUUCUCAUUCUUAUCUUCCCCCAUCUUCCCAACAAUCUGUUAGUCACACAUCUCCUCCCAAGCUCAUCAAUCACCACUCUUUUGUCCCUCAGGUUCCAACGAGAAUCAAAGAAGCUCAAGUCAUCCAUGAGCAUCAUUAUGUGCCGCCAGUGCAAAAAGUCGAGGCACACCAGAACGCUGAUCACUCCAAGCAUGCCUAUAUGCCAACGUUGCAGCGUGAAGAGCAGAAAAAUGAUACGGAUCACUCGAAGCAUGGAUAUGUUCCAUCUUUGCAAUCCUCACAACGAUCGGGACGAAGUGACUUCUCGAAUCACAAUUAUAUGCCACCUGUGAGAUCUUCAGAAAAUCAAAAACCAGCAGAUCAUACCAAGCAUGGAUAUCUUCCAUCUACCAGACGAUCCAAGAGCUCAGAUCAUGUUGACCACACUAAGCACGCUUACCUCCCACCUGUUAAGCACUCUGAAGGCAAAGUGGUCGCCGAUCACACCCAUCAUGGCUAUCUCCCAUCCGUUAAGCAUCAAGAGGCCCAGGAGCAUGCUGAUCAUUCCAAGCACGGAUACGUACCGCCUGUGAAGAAAGCCAAUAACGAUUUCUGGGGGUUCGAAAGAGAACACCAUUAUGUCCCAGACACAUUGAAGAAGGACAAAAUCAAGCAGAUUCAUCGAGACCAUCAUUUUGUCCCAUCUGUCACCAAAGCCAAGGUUGAAGAGAAGCAAGACAUCGCUGACCACCACUACGUUCCACCAGUCAGAAAGAACACUGGAAUCACCUCUGAGAUUGAGCAUCGUCACAACUUCAUCGAGAAGCUUCCAGAGAAAAGUUCGACACCAAAACUCCCAGAGAACCAUCACUACGUUCCGACUGUUCAUAAAUCUGCUCACCAGAAACAGUUCAAUGUGGAGAAGCAUAGCUAUGUCCCAACGUUCCCAAUGCUGGCUGAAAGUAAUCGUCGACCUGAUAUUCGUCAUCACAAUUAUGUUCCAACUCUAGUGAAGCAACAUGAGCAUAAGGAGCUGUUUGAUCAACACCACUAUGUUCCCCAAUUUGCCAAACCUUCUGAUGUAAAACUUGUGGAUUAUGAGAAGCAUCAUUAUGUGCCAACAGUGGCCGAGAGGACAGUUGCGAAUAACUUUGAACGUGAGCAUCAGUACACCCCAGCAUUGGUAAGGGCAAAUGACUCAAAGGUUUUGGUGAACAGUCAACAUAAUUUUGUGCCAUCCUACCAGACUCCUACAGUUGUUCAUCAGGAGCUCAACACCCACCAUGGAUAUAUUCCAGACAUUCCUAGAAAAGAAAACAACUCUCAUCCUGCUCCUCUAAACCAUCACUACAUGCCACAAGUCCCAUUAAAGGAAAUUGCUCCUGAUUAUGAUCACCAUCAUCACUACGUUCCUCCAGUUCAACAUAAAGAUCCAGUGCCAGCUGUUGACUACCACCAUCACUACAUUCCGUCUGUGAAGAAGCCAACAAGCACCACUACAGAAAUGAUCCGCCAGCAGCGUAAAAAGAUUCUGAAAAGCACUGAUGACGAUGAGGACCAAGAAAAUCAACAUGCCACUCAAACGAUCUACACAAAUGCAAAUGUGAAGCCGUACAAGAUACUUCCUGAUGAACAAUCCAACUACAUGCUGCAGAACCUUUCCUUCCUUCCUGCCAAUCUGAUUAGGUACACUGAGCUUCCGCUUGAUAUCAAUACACACAGAUUGUUACAGAAAGUGAGUGAGCACGUGCAGUUGGGCGGCUCCCGCAAGUCGACCAUACAAAGUGGACAUCAUCACCAUCAUCACCAUCACGAGAAUCAUAACGAUGUUCCAUCGAGACCAUCAAGUGUUGCUAGUUCCGUCCAUCAUCAACCACAUUCUCGAACCUCGACGGUGAGCACUGUCCGCGGAGCACCAAUUCAACGUGUCCAACCAAUCCAAAAUCCAUACGGAGACCAUCAAUCGGUCCGUGUCGUCAAGAAUGUUCGUGAAUUCGUCAACGUCUUCGGAGCCACCCACGUUGUUCCACCACCAACCCCACUGGCUGGCAUCCCACGUCUUCCACCAAGAAGCCCAAUUUCUCAUGAGACCUUCCAGCCACACUGCGAGUCUGUGAAGUCGUCUCGCAAGAGUUCAGUGGUUUCUAUUGGGAACGGAGUUCAAAUCAAUAAUGCUGCCCGUAAAUCCACCUGCUCUUCCGUCACCUCUUCUCGCAAGUCUUCCGUCUCCAGUGUCAAUGGCCCAGUUAUUGUCGGUGGAAAUGUCGUGUGUCCAGCUCCGAGAUCCCGCAAUGCCACUCUCACUCAAGAAAACGUUCAUGAUCACUACGAAGGCGAGCACACCGACUUGAUUCAUGUCGCCGAUAUGCGCAAACUUUUCGAAAAUUAUGGACCAGCUCAUCUUCCGGAAUACGCUUCUUCUCCAUAUGCUUACAUUCACUAA